CUCGCAAAAAACCAUUGCUCCAUACCACCCCUCUCUCGCUCUCGACCUCGUCCUUUCGACAGAACAACCUCGCCCAAAACCUGAACCAGCAACUGCAUCAGCAUCACACGCUAACCUUCAUCACUGAUUUCAAACUCUUGAAAAGUUCUAUCAAGAGUUUGAGACAGAUAUAAAAAUUCUUGAUACAGCAUGGUCAAAGCCUAUCAGCGCUACACCCCCCGCACCACUUUUGGUGUGAUUGCCAGUGGCAACUCUAACAUCAUCUACGAUGCUGAAGGCAAAUGCGCCAUCAGUCCUGCUCUCGAGGACGUCAGUAUCUGGGACCUCAAGAAAGGCGAGCUGAUUGGAACAUGGCACGAUAGCGACAAUAAGGCAGAAGUUACAUGCAUCGCUCGUAGCGUAGAUCGGGACAGCUAUGCAGUCGGCUAUGCCAACGGAUCGAUCCGUAUCUGGAGCAUGAAGACUUCGGAUGUUCUUGUUACAUUCAAUGGCCAUCGCUCAGCAGUAACAGCACUAGCGUUUGAUAAGUCUGGAAGUCGUCUUGUAUCUGGAUCUAGGGAUACGGAUCUGAUUGUCUGGGAUGUCGAGGGCGAAGUUGGACUUUAUCGUCUACGGGGCCACAAGGACCAAAUCACAUCAGUUCGAUUCAUCUCACGGCCGUCCAUAGUAGAAGGAGGUAAACCCACGGACGGAUACGUCCUCUCAUCUUCCAAGGAUACGCUCAUCAAACUCUGGGAUCUCUCGACUCAGCACUGUAUGGAGACUCUGGUCGCCCACAGGAACGAGGUCUGGGAUUGCGACGUCAAUGCGGACGAGACGAUGCUGGUUUCCGGAGGCGGCGAUGCCGAUAUCAAAGUCUGGAAGAUCGACGCUGCAGCCCUGAGAACAGGCCUGGCGGUCGGAGAAGAGGCGAAGGAAGUUGGCGAGGAAGAUGCGACUGAGGAUCAGAGCUCAGGCCUCGUCAAGGCCAUUACAUUCUAUGGAUCCAUCCCCCGUCAGUCCAAGGAACGUAUCACAACUUUAGAGUUUCAUUCUUCACAGCAGUUCUUGGGAUGUCAGGCAUCGGACAAGUCGAUCGAGCUGUUCAGGAUACGUACGAUUGAGGAAAUUAAAAAGAAGAUGUCUCGCAGAAAGAAGCGUCAGCGCGAGAAGCAGCAGGCGCUUUUGAAGAAGGGCGACAAGGAAGGCGCAGCGGCUGAGGAGCCCAUCGAUGAGACCAUCCAGGCCACAGACGAGAUCACACCUUGGCAUACCAUUCGCUCAGGAGCCAAGUUCAGAUCGUUCAGUUUUGCACCAUCUAAGGAUGUGGAGAAGAAUGGACAUGUGCAGCUGGUGGCAUCCUUGAACAACAAUACCGCCGAGGUCUGGACAGUGCCCCACCCAGAUGCGGCUAAGAAGGCGGAGGUUGCGGAUGAACCCAGCAAGGCAUACACUCUCGAGCUCGCUGGCCAUCGUUCGGAUAUCCGUACUGUUGCCCUUAGCUCCGACGACGAGUUGCUUUGCUCAGCAUCUAACAAUUCGCUCAAAAUCUGGAAUGUCAAGACUAUGACAUGUAUCAGGACAAUGGAGUGCGGAUAUGCUCUCUGCUGUGCCUUCUUGCCUGGCAAUCGUCAUGUCAUUGUGGGCACAAAGGCUGGUCAUUUGGAGUUGUUUGAUUUAGGAUCAUCCUCUAUGAUCGAGUCAAUUGAGGCACAUGAAGGCGCAAUUUGGUCCCUUCAGAUCCGUCCGGAUAGGCGUGGUCUGGUGACAGGAAGUGCUGACAAGGAUGUCAAGUUCUGGGAUUUCGACAUGAUUGAGGAACAGGUCGGCCAGGCCAUCAAAAAGCGCCUCUCGCUGGUCCAUAUGCGCACACUCAAAAUGUCAGAUGACGUGUUAUGCGUUCGGUAUUCACCCGACCAAAAGCUGGUGGCGGUCUCAUUACUGGAUGCUACUGUCAAGGUCUUUUACCACGACACUCUGAAGUUCUUCCUCUCAUUGUAUGGUCAUAAGCUCCCUGUGUUGUCCAUGGAUAUCUCAUCGGACUCGAACCUGCUGGUGACUUGCUCUGCUGACAAGAACGUGAAGCUGUGGGGUCUGGAUUUCGGAGACUGUCACAAGUCGAUGUUUGCACAUCAGGAGUCGGUCAUGGCAGUGCAGUUUGUCUGGAAUACGCAUUACUUCUUUACAGCAUCCAAGGACCGGACAGUCAAAUACUGGGAUGGAGACAAGUUCGAAAAUAUCCUGAAGCUGGAGGGUCAUCAUGGAGAGGUCUGGGCGCUGGCUGUGGGCACAUAUGGUAAUAUUGUGGUCUCUGCAUCACACGACCGCUCAUUACGUAUCUGGCAAAAGACUGAGGAUCAAGUCUUCUUGGAGGAGGAGCGCGAGCAGGAACUGGAUGAUUUGUACGAGGCAACAUUGACGGCAUCCUUUGAGAAAACUGGAAUGGUCGAUAAUGGCGAGGGUAACAUUGGAGCUCCCUCGACCAGCAAUGGAGACGAACUCGCAGCGGCUGGAAAGCAGACGAUGGAUACCCUCAAGGCAGGAGAGCGCAUUAUGGAGGCGCUUGAGUUGGCAGACCAGGAGAUCAAUGCUUGGAAAGAAUACAAUGCCGGUAUUGCCCGCGGCGAGCGUGGGCUGUCUAAGCCUCAGAGGUCACCACUCCUGAUCUCGAUGCGCCAGACGCCAGAGCAGCAUGUGUGGUACGAGCUGGAGAGAGUUCGCCCCGCAGAGCUGGACGAGGCACUGCUUGUGCUGCCCUUUGCGGCAGUGACAAGUUUGCUAAGCUGGCUGGAUGUGUUUGUGCAGCGGGAAUACAACAUCAAUUUGGUCUGCAGGGUCUUGUUCUUCUUGAUCAAAUCGCACCACAACCAGAUUGUUGCCAACAGAAUCAUGCGGCCCAUGCUGGACUCUGUCCGACGCAACCUGAGAGCUGGUCUUCAAAAGCAAAAGGACAUCAUCGGCUUUAACGUUGCUGCUCUCAACUAUAUCCGACGCGAUUAUGAGGCCAACAACACAUCCGAGUUCUUUGACGAGGAGGCGAUUCGCAAGGAGGAAGAGAAGAAGCAAGAGUCGGAAAAGAAGCGCAAGUUCAUGAAGAUGUAAAAAGCACUCAUCUCGUCAACACAACCAACACCAUUUAUCCCACUUCACCAUUUUGCAUAUUCAGUCUUAGAAUUCUACAUUUUUUCGUACACCCAACCAUCCCCAUGGCAUCGUAAUAAAAAAGAAAGA